UCUCAUUGAGGGUAUUUUAAUUUAUACAUUUGAUAAUAAUAAACCCCUACGACAGUAUUUCAACAUUUUCAGACAUAACAUACUCAUCAAUAAGCAAAUCAAGUGUUAAAUGUAUACAUGUAUAAUAAUUGCGUAAAAACUGCUCAAUUUGGAGUUUAAAAGCCAUGUAACCGAUAAACCGAAAAUGAAAAGACUGUAACUAAUACGAUACAUCGCUUGGCUGACGUCGAUCUUUUCUACUAAUACCGUUGUCAUAUUACCGCACAUUUUUACAUACUUGAUGAUUAUUAUGGCAUAUUUGCAAGAACCAACAAAAUGUCAUGUGAUAUACAUUACUAUGCCAAACCUCAUAAUAAAAACGAACAUGUUGCUGAUAAACUUUAGUUUUGCAGGAUACGAAUUUUCACGCACGCGCUACAAGUGCGCUCUUUCACACAUUCUUCUAAUCUACUAUUUAAGCAACUUUUUUUGUGCAGCAGCAUUACCAGCAGUAAUCCCUUUAGGUGCUAUAUUUACAGAAGAUCAACGUGAUAGUAGCAUUGAAUAUGCAUUUAAAUAUGCGGUGUAUCGUGUGAAUAAGGACAAAUUGCUAUUAUCAAAUACACAGCUUAUUUACGAUAUUGAGUAUGCGCCACGAGAUGAUUCCUUUCGCACAACGAAGAAAAUUUGUCGACAAUUGGAAUCAGGAGUGCAGGUCAUUUUUGGGCCGUCAGAUCCCUUACUUUCAGCGCACGUGCAAUCGAUAUGUGAAACGUUCGGUAUUCCACACAUCGAGUCUCGUAUUGAGUUGGACGCUAGCACUAAGGAAUUCUCUAUUAAUCUAUACCCUUCCCAGCGACUCAUGAAUUUGGCUCAUCGUGACUUGAUGAUUUUUCUAAAUUGGACGAAAACUGCUAUAAUCUAUGAAGACGACUUGCGUAUCUUCAAUCACCAAGAUCUGGUGCAUGUAACCGCAGAUAUACGAACAGAACUGUAUAUUCGUCAGACCUCGCCUAAUACGUAUCGUCAAGUUUUGCGAGCGAUACGAAAGAAGGAUAUUUAUAAAAUUAUUGUAGACACAAAUCCUACAAAUAUAAAUGCCUUCUUUCGAGCAAUUUUGCAACUACAGAUGAAUGACCAUCGCUAUCAUUAUAUGUUUACAACAUUUGAUUUAGAAAUUUUCGACCUGGAAGACUUCAAAUACAAUGGCGUUAACAUUACAGCCUUUCGAUUGGUGGACGUGGAGAGUCAACGUUAUAAGGAAGUUAUUGAACAAAUGCAGAAAUUACCUCAUAGUGGAUUGGACUAUAUUAAUGAUCAACCAUAUAUACAGACACAAUCUGCAUUGAUGUUCGAUUCCGUGUAUUCCGUCGCUGCUGGUCUUAUGGAGCUGGAUAGAAGUCAUUUAUUAACAUGGCAUAAUAUUUCCUGUAAAAGCGAUAUGCCGUGGAGGGAUGGGCUGUCGCUAUAUAACUAUAUAAAUUCGGCUUCCAUGAAUGGCUUGACAGGCCGUGUGCAUUUUGCUAAGGGACGUCGUAAUAUAUUUCAAAUUGAUUUACUUAAACUAAAGCGUGAAAAAAUACAAAAAGUCGGGUUUUGGAAACCCGAUGUGGGGGUUAAUAUUACCGAUGCAACCGCUUUCUACGACACGCAUACAAGCAAUACAACGUUAAUUGUGAUGACACGACAGGAGAAGCCUUAUGUGAUGGUGAAAAGUGACAUCACUCAAUCGGGGAAUGAUCGUUUCGAGGGAUUUUGUAUCGAUCUAUUAAAGGCCAUCGCCACACAAGUGGGAUUUCAAUAUAAGAUUGAGCUGGUGCCCGAUAAUAUGUAUGGCGUAUUCAACCCGGAUACAAAAGUUUGGAAUGGCAUAGUGCGUGAGCUAAUGGAGAAGCGCGCCGACCUGGCCGUUGCUUCAAUGACUAUUAACUACGUACGAGAGAGCGUGAUCGAUUUUACAAAGCCUUUUAUGAAUUUGGGAAUUGGAAUCUUAUUUAAGGUUCCAACCAGCCAGCCAACACGACUCUUUUCAUUCAUGAAUCCAUUGGCAAUGGAAAUAUGGUUAUACGUGCUUGCUGCAUAUGUUCUUGUUUCACUUACUCUAUUUGUGAUGGCGCGAUUUUCGCCAUAUGAAUGGAAUAAUCCACAUCCUUACGUGAAAGAAUCUGAUAUUGUUGAAAAUCAAUUCUCCGUCUCAAACAGUUUUUGGUUUAUAACCGGUACGUUUCUACGACAAGGAUCCGGUUUAAAUCCCAAGGCAGUAUCAACUCGUAUUGUUGGUGGGAUUUGGUGGUUCUUUACACUAAUUAUUAUAUCAUCAUAUACGGCUAAUUUGGCUGCAUUCCUAACGGUAGAACGUAUGAUAACUCCAAUCGAGGGCGCCUCGGAUUUAGCUGAGCAAACUGAUAUUUCAUAUGGAACCUUGGAAGGAGGAUCAACAAUGACAUUUUUUAGGGAUUCAAAAAUCGACACUUACCAAAAGAUGUGGCAAUAUAUGGAAGCCCGUCGUUCGUCGGUGUUUGUAAAGACUUAUGAAGAAGGCAUUAAACGUGUCAUUGAGGGGAAUUAUGCCUUUCUAAUGGAGUCGACCAUGCUAGAUUACGCCGUACAACGUGACUGUAACCUAACACAAAUUGGCGGGCUACUCGAUUCGAAAGGGUACGGAAUUGCCACACCAAAAGGUUCAACCUGGCGUGAUCCCAUAUCUUUGGCGAUUUUGGAAUUACAAGAGAAAGGAAUCAUACAAAUAUUGUAUGAUAAAUGGUGGAAAAAUACUGGUGACGUUUGCAAUCGGGAUGAAAAAAGUAAAGAGUCGAAAGCAAAUGCAUUGGGCGUAGAAAAUAUAGGCGGUGUUUUCGUAGUUUUACUAUGUGGCUUAGCUUUAGCAGUUGUUGUUGCCAUUUUAGAGUUUUGUUGGAACUCCAAAAAGACUUUACAGUUGACCGAAACACAAAUAUUGUGUUCUGAAAUGGCAGAAGAGUUGAGAUAUGCGACACAUUGUCAUGAGUCCAAACAACGGCAAUCCCUAAAGGGUAGCUCUGCGAAAUUCCCACCGGACUCCACUUACGUGCCAGCCGAUACAGGGAGUGUUAUACCAAAUAGGGGUGGGGUGCAUUACAAUUAUUUUGAUUAGUUAUGUAAGUAAGUAUAAUUAUUUUAAAGCAUAGUAAGUCAGUAAGUUUACAUAUUCAAAUUGUAUUAUAAACUUAUAUAAUUUUAUGAUAACUAUAAAUAUAUUUUGAAAAACA